AUGGGAUUGGAUGACAUAGACCUGUCGGAAUGCAAAGACCCUUCCGGGAUUUUCGAGCUGGUCGAGCAAAUCGGAUCUGGAACUUAUGGACAAGUCUACAAAGGCCGCCACAUUCCCACUGGCGGCCUUGCUGCCAUCAAAUGCAUGCCCGUCACAGCUGAUGAGGAAGAAGAGCUGAAGCUCGAAGUCAACAUGCUCAAGAAACAUUCACAUCACAAAAACAUCGCUACAUAUUUCGGCGUUUUCGUGAAACACAACGCUAGAACAGACGAUCAACUGUGGCUUGUAAUGGAGUACUGCGGCGCUGGAUCAGUCACAGAUUUGUUGAAAAACUCGCCGAAACGCUCGUUGCGCGAAGAAUGGAUCAGCUACAUUUGCCGCGAAGUGCUCUGCGGGCUGGCGCAUCUCCACCAGGCGAAAGUGAUACACAGAGACAUCAAGGGCCAGAACGUGCUUUUGACCUCGGAUGCGAAUGUCAAACUCGUCGACUUUGGCGUCUCCGCGCAGUUAGACAAGACGAUCGGGAAGCGGAAUACGUUCAUUGGAACGCCCUAUUGGAUGGCGCCCGAAGUUAUUGCUUGCGAUCAGGAUCCGCACAAGACUUACGACAGUAGAUCAGACAUUUGGUCGCUUGGAAUUACAGCAAUCGAAAUGGCGGAAGGACAGCCCCCACUAUGCGAACAACAUCCGAUGCGUGCCCUUUUCGUAAUCCCGCGACAAGCGCCUCCCAAACUCAAACAACGAGGCAAGUGGUCUUCCGUCUUCCAGAACUUCGUUUCUCAGGGCACGGGUCGUCUCUCCGACUCACUGCUAAAAGACUACCACAAACGACCCCCUGCUGAUCAACUACUAAAGCAUCAAUUUGUGAACCAGCAAUCCAUCGAACGACGCGUCAGAAACGAGCUCAAAGAGCACAUCGAUAAGACGACGCGGAAAAACGCUUCGCCAGAUGAGGUUCUUCUUGAGAAUCACGCGGCUGUUGACGACGAAGAGAAUGACUUUGAUCCGACUGAUACGGCGACCAGGAAUUUUGCCAACGACUUGACGCUCAAGAAAAUUCAUCAAGCUGAAGAAAGCAGAAAACAACGAGAUGAGCAGCGACGCGCUGAGGAGCAAAGAAGACGGGAAGAAGACGAUCGAAGGAGGCGAGAGGCAGAUAGACAAAGACAAAUCAGUCAAGAGCUGCACGCGGCACAGCACAGACAAGACGUAGCGCCAAGAGCACCGCCACGAAACAAUCAACAACAGUACCCGAAUCAUCCUCCACAGCAUCAGAAUCGACAGCCACCUAGACCUCUUCCAAAUCACUCAAACACGCCCCCGAGACCGUCUUACGGGGAAGAAGGCGACACUAUUCAGCGAAAUCCUCAUCAAAGACAAGGAUCUGGCCAUGUUGCUCAUCCGCUCAGAAACCAAGGUCAACCAAUUGCUCAAAACUCGCUUCCAGACGUCGUCUCAAAUAAUCACACAAACAAUCAUCCAAUGUACAGACAAAAUGCUCCACAAGGGUCGAACCAAGGACCAGUCAAUGUUCGCCCGCAACAAGCAGCAGAUCAAAUGCCUGAAAUCAGAAAAUACAAGAAACGUUUCAACUCGGAAAUCAAUUGUGCGAGCCUCUGGGGCGUCAACCUGCUGAUAGGAACUAACAAUGGACUUUUAUUAUUAGACAGAAGUGGCCAAGGCACGGUUUUUCAUCAUAAGCCUAAAAAAUUUCAACAAAUAGACGUUCUUGAAAACAACAACCUCGUUUUAUCGAUAUCAGGGAAGAAGAAUAAACUGCGUUGUUACUAUUUAUCCUGGCUCAAGUCGAAAUUCCUAAACACGCAGCCGGCAAAAGAUGGAGUUGAACGACAGGGCUACAUUUCUGUUGGCGACCUUGAAGGUUGCGCGUCGUAUAAACUCGUCAAAUUCGAGCGCAUCAAAUUCCUCGUCGUUGCAAUGCGAAAUGGCGUCGAUGUGUUCGCCUGGGCUCCGAAACCUUACAAUCGCUUUAUGCUCUACAAGACCUUUCAAAACUUAAUACACAGGCCGCUCAUUGUCGAUCUCACUGUUGAAGAUGGAACGAGGUUAAAAUUAUUAUUCGGCUCAGAAAGAGGAUUUCAUGCGAUAGAUAUGGAGACGACGGCGCAGAUAGAUCUUUAUAUUCCAGGUCAUCAAACGCCGCCAAUUAUUCCUCAUGCCAUCGUGGUCCUCCCAGAGUCCGACGGAAACGAGCUCUUAUUAUGCUACAACGAUGAAGGAGUCUAUGUCAACACAUACGCCGAGGUGACCAAAGAUGUGAUGAUGCAGUGGGGCGAAAUGCCCGCCUCAGUUGCUUACAUUCGCUCGGGCCAGGUCAUGGGCUGGGGCGAGAAGGCCAUUGAAAUCAGAUCUGUUUCUCAAGGCUUGCUCGACGGCGUAUUCAUGCACAAGCGCGCGAACAAACUCAAAUUCCUCUGCGAAAGAAAUGACAAAGUCUUCUUUGCAUCCGUCCAGUCGCCUUCCAAUUCGCAAGUUCAGUGUUUGAAAUUUUCAUCAAAAGUUCUGAGAGAACUCGCCAAUCUCCCAUUAGAGCAACAACAAAAGGCUCUUUCUAAUAGAAACGCUAGAAACUCUUCUAGAGUCAUAAACAGUCCUAGAAAAGAGAGAGAGCUAACAAGAAAAGCUUUAAAAUCAAGAUCGUUUAAUCGAGAUUCUUUCGAAUCUUGA